AUGCGAUUGAUCAUCCACAUCAUCGCUCUCAUCACUGCAUUAGGCGGUCUGGUGUUUGGCUUUGACUCUGGCAUCAUAGCGACAACCUUUGGCCAUGAGAGUUUUCGCAUCACGAUGUAUGGGCCUUCACAGGCCAACCCGUCUCUAACAGGUGCCAUCGUGUCCCUCUACAACGUCGGACAGUCCCUUGGAGGUUUAUCAGUCGGUUAUCUAGCCGAUAGGUUCAGUCGAAAGUACACCAUCUCACUAGCAGCCCUCAUCUCCAUCAUCGGGGCAGCACUCCAAACCGGUGCCACACAUGUGGGCAUGAUGAUUGCAGGCCGACUCGUCGCAGGUGUUGCCUGCGGUCAAAUGCUCGCUGUUGUUCCCAUCUACAUCGCUGAAGUUGCUCCAGCUGAGAAUCGAGGUUUCUUGGUCGGCUUGCAGGGCAUGAUGGUGGCUAUUGGCUUUGGUCUUGCGAAUUGGGUUGGUUAUGCUGGCUCUUUUGCUGCAGGUUCUGCAACGUGGCGUGUGCCCCUUGCCAUGCAGAUUCCGAUCCCGCUCAUUCUCAUGGUCGCGGUUUUGUUUGUGCCCUUCUCUCCUCGAUGGCUGAUCAAGCAGGAUCGUAUUGAGGAAGCGAAGCAAGUUCUUUUCCGACUUCACGGCGGCAGCAUGACUGGCAACGAGCUCGUGGCCCAGGAACUCGUCCAGAUCCAGGAGCAACUCAGGCGAGAGCAAGAAGAGUCCGGAACCGGCUGGGGAGUCGCCCUUGGAGCCAUGUUCUCACGGCGAUACAUCCGACGCACCGCAACAGCUGCCUUCAUCGUUGUUCAAGCUCAACUCUCAGGCGCACCGGUCAUUCAGAACUACCAAAACAUCUUCUACGCUCAGGUCGGUUUCACCGGCAAGACUUCUCUGCUCAUCAGCGGCGUGUACGGCAUGAUGGGUGUCAUCGGUACCGGCAUCUACCUCGCCAUCGUGGCUGAUAAGUGGCCUCGCGCACGCACUCUGUGGUCCGGAUCUUUGCUUCUCGCCGUCAACAUCUCUCUCUGCAUGGCCCUAAGCGCAAAAUUCGGCAGCGGUUCCUCUGAAACCAGCAUGGAUGGUGCGCGAGCGUCGAUCGCCUUCAUCUUCAUCUACUCGGCCCUCUUUGCCAUGUUCUUCAACGCCAUGAUUUGGGUCGUGCCCUCGGAGUUGUUCCCCAUGUUCCUCCGAUCCAAGGGUCUGGCGUUUGCUGUCUUUAUGAAGAGCGUUGUGGCCAUCGUUCUGUCACAGAUUACUCCAGUUGCUUUGGCAAACAUUUCCUGGAGGUACUACGCGCUGUUCAUCGCGACCAACACCACCGCCGGUAUUCUCUACUACUUCUUUCUCCCGGAAACUGGUGGUAAAACUCUCGAAGAAAUUGCGGAACUGUUUGGCGAUACUUUGGCCACCGACCGCCUUGGCGAAAUCGACCUUGACGCAAAGAAUGCCGCGCUUGUAGAUGAGGUCGAGGAUAGGAGGUGA